GGCUUGAGAUACAAUACAAAUACAGGAAAAAAUAAAAAUGAGCUUUUAAAAGGGUCGAUCUUUCUGCAGCAAUUACAUCCGAAGAUAUCAAGACGUUUCACCAUGAAGUGCUUCGUGAUAGCUACUCUGCUCUUUGUUUUUCUGGUGGUAGAUGCUAAAGUAGGCAAGAGAUGCAAGGGUUUCAGCGACUGCGAUGAAGGUGAAUGCUGUGUAACCCCUGGCAUUAUGAGCAGCAGAUGCAAAAAGCUCUCAGAUAAAGGCGAAAAAUGCAGUCACGAAGACGACGUCAUAAAGACCCGAGGUGAAGAGUACAUUGGUCACUGCCCUUGCGUUGCUGGCUACGAUUGCGAACCGUCCAGAAUAAAAGAUAUACCAUUCUUCGGAACAGUGAAGAUAAAUGAAAGGUGUGUGGCUAAGGUGACGCAGCAACCGGAAGUAACCGAGGGGGAAGAGUUAACGGAAGCUCCCAAAGAACCGGAGGAAGAAUAAUUAUUUAUUUUACUCUUCAUUAACUGUUUACAUUCUGUCAUUCUAAAUGAUGUAAAGAAAUUCUCUAUAUUUAAACAAAUAAAUCUAACAAAUGUCGUCCCUCGAGCUCACUUUGGCGAUAAUAAACACA